CCCACGCCGAGCUGCCGCUAAGAGAACUUCCUGAAACUUGCUAUUGGUCAGGAGGGCUUCUAUGCUAAUAACCGGGAGGCGCGCAGAAGAUUCCAGGACCCUCCUCUAACUCCAGGCCAGACUCCCUUCAGCUAGUGGGGAGAUCACGAUGGCACCCACUUUGUUUCACUAUCCCCUAGUGCCCAUAGAUGACUUUCUGAAGCAUGAGAGGAAGGAGCGCUAUAAGCUUCUAGUGGGGAUAGGAGUUGUGGUGCUCCUGGUCAUAGUGGUUAUGGCUCUGGGGACGCUCCUGAUCAUCUACGUCAAAAGGGCCAACAGCGAGGACUGCCAGGAGGGCCACCGGGCAGUGAUGGAGUGUCGAAAUGCCACCCAUCUCCUGGAACAAAAGCUGACCCUGGCCCAGGACGGCUUCCGGGAUGCUGAGGCCCAGGUCGCCACCUACAACCAGACUGUGAUGACCCUAAUGGCUUCCCUGGAUAAGGAGAAGGCGCAUAGCCUGGAUGUGGAGAAGAAAGUGGAGGAGCUUGAGGGAGAGAUCACUACAUUGAACCAGAAGCUUCAGGAUGCCUCUAUGGAGGUGGAGCGACUGAGGAGGAAAAACCAGGACUUAAGCGCGAAAAUCGCGGACCAGAAGGACUCCGCCAGCUCCCUGAAGGACACCAGCUCGGCGGCGAAGCUCCUGCUCCUGAUUCCGCUGCUGGGCCUCGGCGCUCGGCUCCUCUGAGAUCCCGGGAAGCCGGCACAGCUUGGAAGGGCCGGUUCCUGCUCAGCUUUUCGCUGGGACAAUCCCGUGAUCUCAUCGGUUCUGGGAGCGUCAUGGGGCAGCAGGUCUGGAGGGGCCAUGGAGCAGUCCUGGGUGUGGGGACACAGAGCUGCCUCCCCGCAGAGCCGGGCAGGAAAUGAUUCCGUCUUGUCUCCUGCCCUGAGUUUGGGCAUGGGGUGCGGUAGGGGCGUUUUUUGAGGGGGAGGUGCUUUUUUCUGGAGUCUUGGAGCUCCAAAAAUAAACGCUUCCUUUGGGGGUAGCACACCUUA